AUGCUAUUGGAUGGUAUGAUUAGCCAGAAUUCGACUCAUAGCUCCAAAGUGGCGGACCUUGCCAGUAUCAACGAAAUUUCGGGAGAGAUGCCUGCUCCCAAAGACUCAAAGAAGACCGACCUGAAUGGUCAAACAGGUGCCAAUGCUACUAUCCCGCCCUCCAAGACAGACAAGCCUCGGCCCCACGUCUGCACCACUUGCAGUCGCUCGUUCGCGCGACUGGAGCACCUCAAGCGCCAUGAGCGCUCGCACACUAAAGAAAAGCCAUUCGAAUGUCCAGACUGUGCACGAUGCUUUGCUCGCCGCGAUCUACUUUUGCGACACCAGCAGAAACUGCACAUGACCACCACGCCAUCUUCUCGACCGAGAAAUGGUCGCCGUGAAAGCACAGGUGCCGCGCCCGGUGCCAACCGGGUUCGCAAGAAUUCCAUUGCCAAUACCACUUCCUCGUCAUCCAUGCGCCCAAGGGCAAACACUAUCAGCCACAUUGACGGGGCCGCCCUAGGUAUUCCAGGUGCUGGAAACCCGUCAUCCGCUCCUCAAUCGGGCCAUUCGUAUCACCCUAGCCUUAGUUCUUCAAUUGGCUCAAGCAUGGAUUAUAGGGGAUACAGCUCCGGGCAUGCUCCGCUGAACGGCCUGUCGAAGAUCGAAACCUCCGGACUUCCUAUGGACAUGUCUGGGACACUUCGGACUGCCCCUGUUUACGGAAGCUUCGAUACGGGUAUCGACGGUAUGCUUAUGGGACAUGGUAGCACCAUCAACCCAGCACAAUUACAUUUCGCAGGCUCCCCGCAAGGCUUCAGCGAUUCCCCCUCGUCUCCCUUUGCUCAGUACCACAGUGCCUUGUCUCAUUCCGCGGAUCCCAUGAUGGAAGAGGAGAUCAACUUUGACUGGAUGAAUGGGUUUGAUGCGGGAGUGGGUAUGGGAAACGGCAAUGAUUCAGUUAUUGACGAAUCUUCGCCAUCAGCAAUGAGCACGGGUAGCCAAAGCGGAAUCAGCGAAGCUAUGCUGGAUGGCCCCAAUCGCAUUCCCAUCUCCAAUGGCUGGCACAACCCGUUCCCCUCGCACCACGCUGCCAACCAAUUCGCGAUCGAUUUCUCCCCGACCACGUUGAACGAUCUGGGGAUCGCUCCGGAGACCAUGUCGCCCAAGUCCCUAAUGGCCCAGAAUCCGUUUGCUGAGACGUAUGCUACUCCACCAUCUAUGACUUCGGUCGGCCAACCCAUGAUGGGAGGGCAUUCCCAGAGUAUGUUUUCAUCCUCUCUGGCAACAAACGGAGACCCUCCUAAUCCUCUCAACGUUUCUUUCACGAAUAGUGCCCUACGAAAUCAACAUGCCCCAGUCUCAACGGAUACAUUUACAGACUCCACACGACAGGCUCUAUUAGCGAGCAUGUCGACCCCCACUGGCUUCAAUCAUCGCAAGUAUUCCCAGCCCGCAAGUGGACUUCUAAACAGUCGCGAGCUGUUCGCCCGCUCGACUGGCUUCAACAGCUCCGGUCAAUUGCCCAGCACCUCGGACUUGCAGCGUUAUAUAUCUGCUUACAUCACCUAUUUUCACCCUCACAUCCCGUUUCUCCAUAUCCCGACCCUCAACUUCCAAGCCCCCGAGUACACAAACAACUUGCGCACCCCUAGCGGGCAUCUCAAUCUCAGUUCCACCGGCGUCGCUGGCGGCGGAGGCUGCCUGAUUCUCUCCAUGGCCGCCAUCGGUGCCCUGUACGAAUAUGAUACUGCCGCCUCUAAGGAUCUCUUCGAAGCCGCUAAAAAGAUGAUUCAACUGUACCUUGAAGAACGACGAAAGGCCGACAUGUCAGCUGCCCUCAACCGCUCACAAUCCGCCCGCGAUAACUCUGUUCACAACACCCCGCUUUGGCUGGUACAGGCAAUGCUAUUGAAUGUGAUAUACGGCCACACCUGCGGCGACAAGACUUCUGCAGAUAUUGCUAGCACUCAUUGUGCUGCUUUGGUCAGUCUAGCCCGCGCAGCCGAAUUGACGCAUCACUUGGAACCCAAGAGUUUGCCACAGGAUCACCUCAGCACCGGACUCAACGCAAGUGAUCUCUCUGGCGACACCGAAAAUUGGAUGUCUUCGUCAUUCAGCCAGCCGAAAGAACGCCGAGACUGGCUGGAUUGGAAGGUGGUAGAAGAGCGGAAACGUACCCUCUAUGCCAUCUUCGUUCUCUCCAGCUUUCUUGUUUCGGCGUACAACCAUGCACCUGCCCUCACAAAUUCUGAAAUUCGCCUUGAUCUCCCUUGCGAAGAAGAUCUCUGGGCGGCUGAAUCACCUCAGGCCUGGAGAAAAAUGGGGGGUCAAACUGCGUCGAAGAAGACAUUGUCAUUUUCAGCUGCCUUGACAUCACUUUUGACUGCCAGCCAACGAGAACAAAAUCAAUCGUCAAACCUGUUCUACACUUCAGAUGAUUUGUCUAAUACAGAAAAUCGUCCAAGCACGUUCGGCUGUUUGGUGCUCAUCUACGCUCUGCAUAACUACAUCUGGGAAACUCGCCAAAGGCAUAUGGGUAGACAAUGGACCGCACAAGAAACUGACGCCAUGCAAGCACAUAUCGAGCCUGCUCUUCGGGCUUGGCAAGCGGCAUGGGCCAGCAACCCAGUCCACAGCCUCGAGCGACCGAAUCCGUUUGGCGCAGGACCAUUGUCUGCAGACAGCAUUCCUCUUCUAGACCUGGCCUAUGUCCGUUUGUUCGUCAAUCUGGGUCGAUGCAAAGAAGCAUUCUGGCAGCGAGAUUGGAACGGCAUGGCAGAUGAGCUUGCGCGGGGCACGGAGAUUUUCCAGCACUCGGAUGCUUCAAUAAACGACGUUGUGGACCCGUCUCUUACAGGCGGCCUCGAUGCUAGAAGAGAUUCCAUUGCUGAUCUAGGAGUCUCGGACCUGGCUAUCUCCAGAACGCCGACGCAGGAAGAGCCCAUGCAGACUUUGUCGAACAUGUAUAAAACGGGCCAAACAAAGCGUGAAAAGCAUCUGCGCAAAGCAGCAUUCUACGCAGCUGAUUCCAUCUCCAUGUCUGACCGUCUCGGAAAUACAUUCGCCGAGUUCUCGUCACGAGAGCUGCCUAUCCAAUGUGCGAUGUGCGCGUUUGACUGCGCUCAGGUUUUGGCAGAAUGGGUUGCAACGGUUCAGGAACGUGUUGGUCCAUACCUUGGUAUCCUAGGCCGAGACGACGCCGAUUUGACUCAGGUUCCCGGAGUCAUGUUGCUUGAAGACGAGGAUUGCAAGCUAGUGGACAAGAUCAAAGAAAUUCUGGGCAGUAUUGAGAACAAGAUGCAGAGCCAGGUGCAAAAUAGCAGUUCUGUCUCUUCACUGAGUGUCAUGCAACGGUUACCCAGUGUCGUGGAAGGAGGAUACGGAUGUAAAAUAUUGAUUGCGACAGCCAGUCUCUUGGAUAGAGCUGCUGUCUGGCCAGUGACGAAGCUGAUGGCCCGCUCUCUCGAAGCUCAAGCCAUGCGAAUGAAGGAGCGUACCGAGCACUCCCUUAUGAUGACCACUUAA